AUGUCGACUGAGACGCCGCAGGGAUUACUAUCACUACCCGACGAGCUCCUGCGCUCGGUCUUUGAACACGUCACAGCACUCGAACUCGCUCAACUCCAGCAAACAUGCCGCCGCUUUCAGCGCAUAGGAGCAGACCCGCUGCUCUGGCAGGACGAGUGCCUGCGCGUUUUCAGGUGGUGGGACAAACAUCACCAACUUGAGUCGAAGCGGAACGACCCAUCUUACGGUGACUGGAAGCAAUUGUUAGCGACCCGCUACACUUCGAGUCGCAAUGUGCAAAGAGCACUCUCUGGUUUGAUGAGCGACGAGACCAAUCGGUUGGAUCGCAUCAAGGAUGUGAUGGACCUUGGCUACGAUGCAAAGGAUAUGCUGUUCUCGCAAUGGGUAGACGCUGAGUCAAGUGAGAUGUUCUUGGCACAGAAGUACUGGUCUCACGCUGUGCUCGGAAGUCUCCAUCGGCUCAUGGCAUGUGAGGAAUGGGCCUAUCUGAGGCAAGCCCAGGGUGACAUACCGAACGAGACAGAACGUUCGCUUGCCGCAUUGGACAUGUUCGUCCUGGGCGAGCGGGUGGAAGGCGACGUCGAUGAUAUAUUCGCUCGACUAGAUUCAUACGCCACCUCAGUCCGCGAAGCAAACCCAGAAAUCGACACAUUCACGCCACGCCAAAUAGCCACCACCGUCGCAGCCCAUCUCCUUGAACACAACUGGAUCGGCAUCUCCGACAACCGCAACUACCACGCCCUAGACCACAUGUUCCUGGGCAUCGCCCUCUUCAGUAGCAACCGCAACUCUGUCCCUCUCAUCUCCGCCAUCAUCUACUGCUACGUCGUCCGCAAAUUCGGCCUCCGGGCCUCCCCAAUUUCCUACCCUUUCCACGUCCACGCCCUCAUCCAGCCGGCCCCGACUUCCACCACAGACCUCGACGGCAACCCGCUGCCUACUGACACUCCACUCGAACCCUUCUCCCCGCUCACCCACCUCUACAUGGACCCCUUCCUCACCGCGGACCCCAUCUCCGGCACCUACCUCCAGAACCAGCUGCGCUUCAUCGCACCCAACUCCACCCCAGAGCAAAUCACCGCCUACCUCUCUCCCUCCAGCGCUCGCGCCCUCACUAUCCGCGCAGCACACAACGUCCUCGCCGCCCCGAACCACUACGACGGCGCCCCCUUAUUCCCAAUCCCCAUGCACGCCGCAGCAUUCGGCGCCAUGCUAGCCCUCAUCCUCCUGCCCUCCCCCGCGCCGGGAGCCGCAGUGCACCCAGCCCAGAUCUCACACUACCUCUCCAUCGUCACCCAACACUUUGCGCACUAUUUCGAUCGGGACGUCGAGUUGUUUUCCCAACACGUCCUGCCCGUCGCUCGCGGGCUAGCGAACGCGACGUCCUACGGUGCGCUGGUGCAGCGCCUAAGGAAUCGAGAUGCGACGCCUCAAGUACCGAAGUUGCGGUCUGCCGCGGGGAAUGAGGUUGUGAAGUUCAAAGUGGGGCAGGUCUUUCGGCAUCGGAUCAGGGGGUAUCUGGCGGUGAUAUACGGGUGGGAUAGCUGGUGUCGGAUGGACGAGCAGUGGAUCGUGGCGAAUGGCGUUGAUGGAUUAGGAAGCGGGAGGGGUCAGCCUUUUUACAAUGUUUUGGUCGAUGACGAGACAACGCGCUAUGUGGCGCAGGAGAAUGUCAUACUUUUGACUAGGGAGCAGCUGGAAGAGUUGGGUAAGCCUGAGGACAGUUUUCCGAUCGAGAUUGGGAUUUGGUUCCGUAGGUUUGACAGGGAACAAGGUGUCUUCGUCAGCAAUGUCCGAGAGAGCUACCCGGAGGAUUGA